UCAUCUUUCCUCUCUCAGACUUUCACAGCAUGGUGCAAUUCCCACCUUCGGAAAGCCGGCACGCAGAUCGAGAAUAUCGACGAAGAUUUCCGCGAUGGUCUCAAACUGAUGCUGUUGCUGGAGGUCAUUUCAGGAGAACGGUUACCAAAGCCAGAAAGAGGAAAAAUGAGGGUACAUAAAAUCAACAACGUAAACAAAGCUCUUGAUUUCAUUGCAAGCAAAGGAGUCAAGUUGGUUUCUAUAGGAGCUGAAGAAAUUGUCGAUGGCAAUGCCAAGAUGACCUUGGGUAUGAUUUGGACCAUCAUUCUCCGGUUUGCCAUCCAGGAUAUUUCAGUGGAAGAGACUUCAGCCAAGGAAGGCCUGUUGCUCUGGUGCCAAAGGAAGACCGCUCCUUACAAGAACGUCAACGUGCAGAAUUUCCACAUCAGUUGGAAAGAUGGCCUUGCUUUUAAUGCCUUGAUCCACAGACACCGGCCAGAACUCAUUGAAUAUGACAAGCUCAGAAAGGACGAUCCAGUCACGAACCUGAACAACGCCUUUGAGGUUGCAGAGAAGUACCUCGACAUUCCCAAGAUGUUAGACGCAGAAGAUAUUGUAGGCACACUCAGGCCCGACGAGAAGGCCAUCAUGACCUAUGUCUCCUGCUUCUAUCAUGCUUUCUCAGGGGCUCAGAAGGCCGAGACUGCAGCAAACAGGAUUUGCAAAGUGUUGGCAGUCAACCAGGAGAAUGAGCACCUGAUGGAGGAUUACGAGAAGCUGGCUUCUGACCUGCUGGAGUGGAUUCAGCGCACCAUCCCUUGGCUGGAGAACCGGGUUCCCCAGAAGACCAUGCAAGAGAUGCAGCAGAAGCUGGAGGACUUCCGUGACUACCGGCGGGUCCACAAGCCUCCCAAGGUGCAGGAGAAGUGCCAGCUGGAGAUCAACUUCAACACCUUGCAGACCAAGCUGCGACUCAGCAACCGGCCAGCCUUCAUGCCCUCCGAGGGAAGAAUGGUUUCGGACAUCAACAACGGAUGGCAGCGCUUGGAACAGGCAGAGAAGGGUUUUGAAGAAUGGCAGCUGAACGAAAUCCGAAGGCUGGAAAGGUUGGAUCACUUAGCUUUGAAGUUCAGGCAGAAGGCGUCCAUCCACGAGGCCUGGACCGAAGGUGAGGCAACUGGAGAUGGGAAAGGCCCAGAGGCUGACUUUGGCCAAGACUGCCCCAAUGACCACUUGUUCAUCACCUGCUGCUUGAGUUCCUUUGUUCGCUGCCUGCAGCGAGAUUUGAACCUGGGGCUCUCACAAGCAGAACGUACAAACGUGGGCCUUGUUUCUACUGUUCUCCAGCAAUCUGGCCCGCCCUUUCACCGCUUGGAUAGGAAUUGGCCUGGUCUUGCCAACCCUGCUUGGAUUGUCCUUCCCUUCCAGGGCUUGAUUGCUGCCCACGAUCAGUUCAAAUCCACGUUGCCUGAUGCCGACAAAGAACGAGAAGCCAUCUUGGGCAUUCAGAGCGAAGCACAGAGGAUCGCCGACUACAACAACAUAAAACUCUCUGGGAACAACCCCUACACUUCGGUCACUCCUCAGAUCAUCAACUCCAAGUGGGAAAAGGUCCAGCAGCUUGUGCCCAAGAGAGACAGCGCCCUUCAGGAUGAGCAGAGCAAGCAGCAGUCCAACGAACGUUUGCGCCGACAGUUUGCCAGCCAAGCCAAUAUUGUGGGGCCCUGGAUCCAAACAAAGAUGGAGGAGAUUGGACGCAUCUCCAUUGAGAUGAACGGCACCCUGGAGGACCAGCUGAACCACCUCAAGCAAUACGAGCUGAACAUCGUUGAAUACAAACCCAACAUCGACAUCUUGGAACAGCAGCACCAGCUCAUCCAGGAGGCCCUGAUCUUCGACAACAAGCACACUAACUACACCAUGGAGCACAUCCGGGUCGGAUGGGAACAGCUCCUGACCACCAUCGCCCGGACCAUCAACGAGGUGGAGAACCAGAUCUUGACCCGGGACGCCAAAGGGAUCAGCCAGGAGCAGAUGCAGGAGUUCCGGGCCUCCUUCAACCACUUCGACAAGGACCACGGCGGCUCCCUGGGACCGGAAGAGUUCAAGGCCUGCCUCAUCAGCUUGGGAUACGAUGUGGAGAAUGACCGACAGGGCGAUGCAGAGUUCCACCGGAUCAUGAGUGUUGUGGACCCCAACAACACCGGCGUGGUGACUUUCCAAGCCUUCAUCGACUUCAUGUCCCGGGAGACAACAGACACAGACACAGCUGACCAAGUCAUCGCUUCCUUCAAAGUUCUGGCUGGAGACAAGAACUACAUCACGGCAGAGGAGCUGCGGCGAGAGCUUCCUCCAGACCAGGCGGAAUACUGCAUUGCCCGCAUGGCACCUUACCAGGGUCCCGAUGCCAUCCCCGGGGCCCUUGACUACAAGUCCUUCUCCACGGCGCUGUACGGCGAGAGCGAUCUGUGAGGGCGUUUGCAACGGCAGCAAGCGCUGGCAGAGAGGGGGACGGCCGUUCUGUUUCCUUCCACACCAUAUUUUCAUUUUCUCUCUCUGUCUCUUCCUCGCACCUGCACACACACACCCCCACACCCAAAACCGGUGGGGCUCAUGUCCUCCAUACUAUUUCUUUUUCUGAGGACAAGAAGCUGCCUCCUCCAGGCUGGGCAACCCUGGGAGCUGGCCUGUGUAAUUUCUUUUCCUUUCCUUUUUUUUAAUUGUGUCUUCUACGAACACUGUUAACCUAUGCAACAGCCACGGUUCUUCCCUCCGGCAAGACCCCGAGCAGCUGAGAGGGGCUCAGCGGUCCCCUUUAGCCUUGCGUUGCUUUGCCGGGCAGGGAGGAUAACGGGUCAGAGAGGGCCGAGCCCAGCCGACAGGCACCCAGACACGGCCCGGGGGGGCUCUUUCGUUCAAUUCGAUCCCUUCUUCGUGUGUGGGUAUUUUUUCUUUCUUACAUGUUCCAGAGGGAGGGGAAGCAUUCUUAAACGUCUCUGUCCUCCCCCCAGCUUCGUCUCUCUUUUUUGUUUUUAAUUUAUGUAGCUGGUAGGCAGGAACUCCGCGUAGAAGGUGGCGAUGCGUUGAGAGUAGGGAGAUCCAGCGGGCGCCGUGAUCCACUUUCCCUGGGUGUGUGUUUUUUAAUGCAGAACUGGAUCCUUGUUCCUUCCCCCGGGUCAGGCACUUUCUUUCUCGCCCUUGGGCGCAAACACCUUCCUUUGCCCCCUUAAAACCCGCUGCCCACUUUCAUUUCAGCAAGGCAAACGUGGGUUGCUCCACCCCUUGGCUUGCCCUGUUCAGCACAGCAGGGAGGUUCUGUUGUUGGACCGGGGAGGGGGGGCUCCCUCGGCCCCACCGGCCCACGACGGCUCCUGCCCCUAGCCCCCCCGGUUGGAAUGCGUCCCUGGGGGGGGUGCUUCUCACUUUAGGGCCCAACAUUCUGCCUUGGAAGAGGUGGGCGCUCUUGGUUCUGUCUCAAAUGAUUUGGGAGGGGGGCAGUUCCGGAGAGAAGACGGUUGCAGGCUGAGAAUGCAAACGCUUCUCCCCGUCCAGCCCCCCGAAAUCUCUCCCUAAUGCCUUUUUGACUCUUCUUCAAUCGGAGAGCAGAACGAGCCAGAAUUUGCUUGCAAGCUGGUUUCCCAUUUUUGCACACACACUUCCCCCCCCUCCCCGCCAGUGUUGUGGGGCAGUGGCAGAGAUAAGGGCAGAGGGAAUAUUGAUCCAUGGAGCGUCCAUAGUUGCGGGGGGGGGGCUCUUAAAUGGUGUAUUAAAAGGGGAAGCUGGUUGUCAGCCUGGUGGGACCGCGAAGGAAGUCCACAGGAUGUCAGGUUUGUGAAACAGGACAGGAAGAAGCCAGGAAGUAGCGAGCCUUUCAUCAGAGGGCCUCUGGAGCCGCUCAGCUGUUCUUUCUUUCUGGCUGGAGGGCAGCGCCAAACUGAGUCUUCCUUCUCAUUUUCUCUUUGCUCUGAAUAACUCUUUCGAUUCACACUCGUAGGUCUAUUUGUAAUUUCUUCAUCAUGGUGCAGGGUUUUCUGAGGACCAAAUUUAAAUGCAAGAGAACCAUGCAGAGUUCAUUUAAAAAAAAACCACCACCACAGAGAAAAACACAGCAAACGGUUGCAAUUUAACAACAUCCAGGUGAUUAUUAUUAUUAAAUAUAAAUAUAUAUAUUCCUCUAGCAUUGUAUAUUGUCAAUUGAUCCCCAUCAAUUGGGGUGUUUCUGUCUCUUCUCCCCCCCCCCGCCAUUUUCAUCAUCUAGUUAAGAGUUAUGGCUGGCUGUAGCACCAGGAACUUAACAUUCCCACACUGUUUUGGGGGGUAGGAGGUCAUCCUUUCUGUUUCGUUUCUCUUUUUUGCCAUCAGAGAAAGUUUAAUUACUUAUUUUAUUGCGGUUGCUACAAAAUCUGCCUGCCAAGGGUAGAUCUCUUACGUAAUAAGGAGUAACCAGGUUCUGUCUGCCUCUGCUGGUCAUCAAAUCUGUUCUAAAACUUCCAAACUUUCUGGGGAAUCAGCUCUCCUUGCUCUUGGGAAACCAGACAAUAAAAUAUAAUAUUUUUAAGGGUGA